AUGAUUGAAUUAUUCUUCCUCUCACUGAUACUGAGCUUAGAAAUUUAAUGCAGUUAAUAUGAAUUUAAGGUAGAAAUUGGUUAGUUAAAAACAGUGCUUGAAUUAAAUAAUGCUACUAAUGUAACUCUAUCUGAAGAAAGUAAUCACGAAUUUUGUUGGGUUGACAAUGAAAAAGUCUUCAUAAAUAAAACAUCUCUUUCGAACUAUUUAGAACUUGAUAUUAUGAAUAAAUACUAUUAUUUGUUGGCAACUUAAAAUUUUAUAUGGGUACUUAUGAACGAUAUGAUUUUGGCUUAAUUAACACAUGAUGGAAUAAUAACUAAUUAGAAAAAAAUUUAAGGUCAUUAAAGCUAAUUUAAAGGUUAUUACAACGAAAAAAAUGAAAAUGCAAUUUUCUUGGUUGAUUAUCAGUUGUUAAACGAUCCUUAAAUUACAUUUUAUCCUGGUACUAUUAAAUUAUAUGAUGGAUUUCUAUUUGCAUUGAACAAAUUCAUUUACGUUUAUGAUCUUUAAAAUAAUACAAAUAAAUAUUUUGGACAAAUAGAUUUAACUAAAUAUCAAAAAAUUAUUGACUAUGAUUUAAAAAAAAUUGAUGAUAAGAAAUAUUACUUAUAUUUAAUGGAUUAACAUCUUGGACUGAAUAUAAUAAAGUUGCUUUUAAGAUAUAAUAAUAUCAAUUCUAAAGUAAUAUAUGCAGAAUUAAACCCUCUAUAAAAUCCGAAAUCAUUUUUUUGUAAUGAAUAUAAUAGUUGUUAUGGAUUAUAUUAUAGUCAUGUGUAUAAGAUUUUAAAUUUUAAAAUAAAUUUCCUUGAUAACAGCAUUUCAAUAGGUGAAAUUUUAUAGGAGGAGAAUAAAAUAUUAAAAUUAGUGAAUGUUGGUGAUAUGAUGUUUAUAUAGUCUAAAAAUAACCAUAAAGUGUAUCUUUAUAAUUCUUAAGAGAUAUAAAAUAUACAAAUUUUGGGAUUAUAGUAAAUAUCUGUUGUGAAUUCUUCGUUGAUCUACGUAAUUACAAAUACAAAAUUAAUAAGAUUAUCACUUAAUUAUUCUCAUCCUAAGAUUAUAUGUUUUUGUGAUGAUAAUGAAGCAUGUCCAUAAAUAUAUGAUUAUAAGAUUAAUUAUAGGGAUAAGAUUAGAAUGUAGAAUUUAAAAUUCACAGUGGAAUUUUAAACAUCUUUAGAAGAUUAAAUGAACGAAGUUUUAGUUAUCAUAUUUUCAAUAGUAUUUUUAUUUGGAAGUAAUUUUGAUCUUUAUAAAAAAUUAGUUUUAUUGUUGAUUUUUUGGGUAAAUUCAUUGAAAGCUUAAAUUAUUUUGUUGGAGGAAAAAAUAUAAUAAGGAUUCCAACAUUUGUAAAAAAAUAAAUUACCAAUAUUUCACACCCUUGAAAACCUUGCUUUUACAUUUCGAGGAGUGGAAACCUUAUCAAAAAGAAUCUAACAACAAGAAUCUUAAGAAAUGUAAGAGAUGUAUUGA